UAGUUUGGCUCUGAUGACCCAGAGGACAGGACGGUGUUAAGCAGACGAGCUGCAUCAUCAGCUGGAUCGGUGACAUCCACUCGGAGACUCGCCCCGGCACACAGGAGGAGACGGCGCUGCAGCCAGGGACCUAACGUGGAAUAGAGAAGGAACACCAGAGAACUAACAACCCUAAGUGAUCCAAAGGUUUGUAAUGAUGGAAACCAAAGACCCCAGAUCAAGCCCCGAAGGUCCAAUCCCUCAGGAUGACUGUGGUCUGUGGAUGAAGAUGCACUCUAACACCCCUGUGACGGACCACAAAGACGAGCCAUGUGGUCAGAGUCCUGGAGAUGAAACCUCAUUCGCCCCCCUAGCAUCUGCAGUGAUCACUAGAUAUGUUGGUGUGAUGGAUGAUGAGGGCGCAGACGACGUUUUCAUCCCUCUUCCUCCGUCCUACAUGGAUCUGUUGCUGCCAGGCGAGGGCAGCACAGAUGCUACGGCCAGUUAUUCUGGAUUGACCCUUACAAAUGGGGCAGCUGACGCCACAGAGGAUGAGGCUAAUCCCGGCGGCUUAGACCGGCAUCACGGUGAGAAGCAGAUAAUGGCAGAACAGAGCGAGGUGGAUAAAGAGAUAGCAGGUACACCGCAGACGUCUGAGGAGAAAAACAAUCUACCCAACGAUCAAAACCAACGAUCCAUGGAGGAAAUAUGUUAUUUAUCCGGAAGACAGCCUCAGGAAAACACAACAGGAGGUGAAGAAUCAAAAUUGGAGCAUGAGGAUAUGGCAGUUUUGAGUGAGAGGCAGGAAAAGUGGAGGGAAGUGGAGAAAGACAAAUAUCCGAAACAGGUACCUUCAAGCAGUGACGAAACAUCUGAAAAUGAGACGUAUUUUGAGAAAAAGGGAACACAAUCUGAAGAAAUGUGUGGAAUUUUUGCUUCAGACUCAAAGCCAACCACAGAAAAUGUCCACUGUGACAAUGAGGAGAAAAAAGCGCUGACACGUGCGAGUCUCCGUGCGACGGGUGAGGAUUUUGAGCCCAAUGGGCCACCAGAGCUCAGCCAAUGCAACCACAACAGGACUGACGCAGCAACCAAUCCGCCACAGGUACCAGAAACCCCAACACAGGUGUCCAAUGGUGAUAAAGCGCAUGUUGACACCAGUUCUUUGAACUAUACCGUCACAAAGGAUAAGUGGGUGAGGAGAGAGAGCGACUCAAGCGAAACGCAAGUGUCCCGACUCUCCGUCUCUGGGGGCGACGAAGACAUGCCAACGAUGGAAGAACAGGAGGACGGAAACAGGAGGAUCGCAACGGACAUCCAACAAGGAGAGCAACUCCUUCAACGUCUGGAACGUCUGCAGCUGCAACAGGACGGGUGUUCGCCAGAGAGUCCUCAGGACUCCCAGAAGGUUGAGCAAGAGACGAGAGGCGAGACAAUCGGUGCGUUCGGGACCGAAGUAGAUAAUCUGAAAGCAAGAGACGUCGAUCUGACAUGUGGAGAUGAGACGGAAGAGAGCAGGUUUCACCCUGCAAAGACAAACCUGAUGGAGAAGAAAGACGUUGAUGCAAGGAUGUCUUUGUCCACAAAGCCCGUGGACUCGGAGCGUCAGGCGCCUGCCAGAGACAGUCAUUUCAAUCCUUUGAUUAAAACUCCGGCCAGUGGCAGCUGGGUUCCUGCAGACUUGUCUUUAAGCAACACCCUUGAAAAAUCUCCAGGCCAAGUUCCCUUUCCACCCCCGUUCCAGAGACCCUCGGUUGCUGAGAUGUCCGUGGAGACGUCGAUCCAAGAGGAAGUCCAAGGGAGGCAGAUCCUGCAGAGAGCCGUGGGUGUCCUCAAUCAGGCAGAUAAUCCAGAUGUGCUAGAGAUCCCCUUCAAGACCAAUAUCUCGCUUGAGCCACUAUCCACCAAGGAUGGCCCCCCUGGCGACUGGCAGUUCUCCGAGCAGAAGAUGAAGAAGGAGAUAAGUCAGGAGAUCCAGAGGGAGCUGGUGCUUGUAAACCAGGGGAAGAUCCCAGGGGGCUACAGCAAAGGGGAAGUCCGCCAGUUAAAGGAGACCAAAUUGCUGUUCGAGGCUUUCCAACAGGACAACACGGAGGGUCCACAAAGGCAACGGAAACCCCGUACCACACUGAAGAAAGGUCGCGUAUACCCUUCUGUGCUGGAGCGCACACACAGCCUGGAGAUGCUGUCCCUCAAAAGUAGCUCUCUUUCCAGGGCGCAUUCCCUCAGGCAGUGGAAAGACACUGAGAAGACCCCCGAAAUCUUAAGAUCCAUGAGCCCAAGGGGCGGUUCACGAGACAAAACCCGCUUACCCGCCUACACAAAAGGACCUUUGUACAGAAGCAUGGACUCCAUAAAGACAGAUGUCCCAGCUGUGGACAUGGGGCGGAGAUCUAGGGACGGACACGCAACCCAAGACUCUCCCGUCCUCCAACGAAACCCUUUCGUCAAGCUGCGUCCAGCCUUGGCUCUAAAGCCGGAAGUAGAGAAGGACAUCAGGGAGGCCAAAGAAAGAGAGGAGGAGCUGCGGAGACAGAGGUGCGAUCUGUACGGAGAGAAUAUGAAGAGAGGUGAAGACGGGAGAAGUCACGAUCCAGACCAGGUGUCAGGAAACAGUCCAGCGGGAAACUGGAACGAGUUUGGCCGCCGCCGCCGUCCAUGAAGGACCAGAUGAAAUCUGAGCAGACGCAGCAGGAGUCGAAGGUUCACCGAGCUGGGGGACAGAAGUCUCCUCUGUGGCAGCGCUGGGAGUCGGGUCUGAUCAACGGGGAAAGAAAGGAGAAGAACUGAUAUCAGCCGACGUCUUCUACACUACAAAUAUAUCUAUAAAUAUAAAGGAGGCUACGUACGUUAGAGCUGCACAAGUCCAAGAGCAGGGCUGUAGUCAAGACCACCUUAGACGAGUCCAAGACAAGUCCAAGACCAGGACUAGUCAAGUCCAAGUCAAGACCGAGUCCAAAAAGGUCAGAGUCCAACUCAAGACCGAGUCCAAGUCAAGACCGAGUCCAAAAAGGUCAGAGGUCCAACUCAAGACCGAGUCCAAGUCAAGACCGAGUCCAAAAAGGUCAGAGUCCAACUCAAGACCGAGUCCAAGUCAAGACCGAGCCAAAACAAAGGUCAGGUCCAAGUCAAGACCGAGUCCAAAAAGGUCAGAGUCCAAGCAAGACCGAGUCCAGGUAGAAAAGGCUUAGCAUGACAGUAUCAAGACAAUCAUUUGGGUUCCCUUCCCCCUAUAUAAUCAACCAUAAUAAGACACUGGACGGGCCCGACCAGAGCCUAUCUGGCAAACCAGCGGCCGAGCCCGAUCAAGUCCGAUCCACAGAAAAACGGUCUCAAGUCUGGACUCAAGUCCAAGACCGGACUCGAGUACUACAGUCCUGUCCAAGAUAAUCAAUAUGAACAAAAUCCUGAAAGUAGUUCCGGCUUUCUAUCGCUUUCUGUCUCUUCUAACUCUGCUUCUGGUUCAAAAACAUCUUUAUAUAUAUAUAUAAGUAUAUAAUAUAUAUAUAUAUAUAUAUAUAUACUUAACCCUUGUUUUGUCCGUCAAAUACGGACAAAAAUUUGACAUUUUCGUCCCUUUUUAAGACUUUUUUUUAGUUUCCACUAACACCACCUUACUAGUGUUACUACUUUUUGGAAUUCAUGCUCAAUUACCCUCAUUUAUAUAUUUAUUUUUCAUUUUCAUGCUCUCCAUGUGUUUUUAUUUUAGCACUUACGUGUUUUAUCAUGUAGCACUUUGGGAUUUGCGUAAAUAUAAAGUGCAUUCCAAAUUAAAUGUAUUGUUAUUAUUAAUCUGGUUUUUAAACGUCAUGUAAACACACUUAUUAAGUUGUGUAAACAGUCCUUUAACUGUUAAUGGCAUUUUAAUGCAAUGUCAAAUUGUAUAGUUCAACAAAUUGGCAUAAAAUGUUGUGAUGAUGUAAUUUAGAUGUUUUUUCCUCCAUGAGUUCCUACUGUAAAUUUCCAAAUGAAAUUUCUGGUUUUGAAUAAAUGUGAAAAAUAAUCCCCGUAGUAAA